AUGGACAUUCGAACACUGCUGCUGGUGGGUAGCACUGUCGCUUCACAGCAAGAAGUUCAAAACAACUCAGGGGUGACACCAGUGGGUCUGUGUGGUGCCUGGAUUAAAGAAGCUGAUGGGGGAUCAUUUACAUCUCCCAAUUAUCCUGAAAAAUAUCCUCCUGAUAGAGAAUGCACUUACAUAAUAGAAGCAUCACCACAACAAUGCAUUGACCUAUACUUUGAUGAUAAGUAUGCUAUAGAGCCUUCCUGGGAGUGUAAAUUCGACCACAUUGAAGUUCGAGAUGGGCCCUUUAGCUUUUCGCCCAUUAUCGGGCGAUAUUGUGGGCAGAAGAGUCCGGUGUACGUCAGGUCCAGUGGGAGAUACCUUUGGAUUAAAUUUAUUGCGGACAGUGAAUUAGAGGCCAUUGGUUUUUCUGCAAGAUACAAUUUCACUCAAGACCCUGAUUUUAAAGAUGCAGAAACCCCUCUUUUACUGCCAUCAUGUGAGUUUGAGAUGAGUGGACCUGAGGGCAUUGUUGAGUCUGUGAUGGUAGAAAAAGAAGGCAAAGCUCUGAAGACAGAGGCUGUGGACUGCAGGUGGUUCAUCAGAGCCCCAUCUAACUCGAAGAUGUACCUGCGUUUUCUGGAGUAUGAGAUGCAUAACUCCAACGAGUGUAAGCGCAACUUUGUGGCUGUGUAUGAAGGCAGCAGCUCAGUCGAGCACCUGAAGAACAAGUUCUGCAGCACUGUGGCCAACGAUGUCAUGUUGCUCUCGUCUGUGGGAGUAAUCCGCAUGUGGGCUGAUGAGGGCAGCCGCAGGAGUCGCUUCCGUAUUCUCUUUACCACCUUCCAAGAACCUCCGUGUGAGGAGGAUACUUUCUUUUGCCACAGCAACAUGUGCAUUAAUCAAACUUUAGUGUGCAAUGGGAUUCAGAACUGUGUCUAUCCUUGGGAUGAGAAUGGCUGCAAAGAGAAACGGAAAACCACCAUUUUGGACAGCCUGGACCAAACCAACAUGACUAUAAUUGGGGUGACAUGUGGGAUAGUGCUCAUCUUGCUAACCGUGUCGAUCAUAAUCCAGGUCAAGCAGCCGCGUAAGAAGUACAUAGUGAGAAGGGAUGACUUUGAUCCAGAGCUUCUGCGUGAAGCGCUUGCGCCUCCACACUAUGAGCUGUGCGCUCUCAGACGAGAGCCGUCGACUGAGGAUUUCUCUGGCCUGCGCCGCUCUUCCUCCAAGUGUGUUCACGGUCACCACUGUGGCUCUCAGGCAUCCAGUGCCCGCGGCAGUCGCAGUGAUCUGAGUCUGGGUCUUCUUGCUGAGACAGCCAGCACCCCGCGCAGGAGCAUGGUAAUGCUCAGGCACAGCCACUCUCUAGAGGAUGAUGAGGUGUGUGAGCUGGACGAUGAGCUGGAGGGUGGGAACAUGAUCAGUCACAUGGGAGUGGAGAUGGACAGGAAUAUGCACCAAAAUAUGUGCAACGAUUUCUGAGGUACCAGUAUCAGUUAUGAGUUUAAACAUGUAAUGUCUCCUGAAAUAUGCAAAAAUAAUAAAAUAAAUAAA